GCCGGCCGGGUGAGCGCCCCAAACCCCCGACGCCGGCCACACGGACAGACCCCCCCGAGACCAUGCCGCGCCCGGCCUCCGCGUGCCACCUCCCGGGACUCCUCCUGCUGAUCUGGCCGCUGCUGCUGCUGCUGCCCCUCGCUGCCCCCGGACCCCUGGCCCUCCCGGGCUUCCGGAGACUGGGGGCCCGCGGCCCGGGGGGCAGCCCUGGACGCCGUCCGGCUCCCGCGGCUCCCACCCGCGCGCCCCAUUCCGGGACGGGUGAGCCUGGCGGCGCCCGCAGCGCAGGUGUUUGCAAGAGCAGGCCUUUGGACUUGGUCUUCAUCAUUGAUAGUUCUCGUAGCGUACGGCCCCUGGAAUUCACCAAGGUGAAAACCUUUGUCUCCCAGAUAAUUGACACUCUGGACAUCGGCGUGGCAGACACACGGGUGGCAGUGGUGAACUAUGCUAGCACCGUGAAGAUUGAGUUCCAUCUUCAGAACUACUCAGAUAAGCAGUCCCUGAAGCAGGCUGUGGCACGAAUCACACCCUUGUCAACAGGCACCAUGUCUGGGCUGGCCAUCCAGACAGCAAUGGAUGAAGCCUUCACUGUGGAGGCCGGAGCACGAGGCCCCACCUCCAACAUCCCUAAGGUGGCCAUCAUCGUGACGGAUGGGAGGCCCCAGGACCAGGUGAACGAGGUGGCCGCUCGGGCCCGGGCUUCUGGCAUUGAGCUCUAUGCUGUGGGUGUGGACCGUGCAGAUAUGGAAUCCCUCAAGAUGAUCGCCAGCGACCCUCUGGAUGAGCACGUCUUCUAUGUGGAGACCUAUGGGGUCAUUGAGAAACUUUCCUCUAGAUUCCAGGAAACCUUUUGUGCCGUGGACCCGUGUGUGCUCGGCACACACCAGUGCCAGCAUGUCUGUAUCAGUGACGGCGACGGCAAACACCACUGUGAGUGCAGCCAAGGAUAUACCUUGAACGCUGACAAGAAAACGUGUUCAGCUAUCGAUAAGUGUGCUCUUAACACUCACGGAUGUGAGCACAUCUGUGUGAAUGACAGAACUGGCUCUUAUCAUUGUGAGUGCUAUGAAGGUUACACCCUGAAUGAAGACAGGAAAACCUGCUCAGCUGAAGAUAAAUGUGCUCUGGGUACCCACGGGUGUCAGCACCUUUGUGUGAAUGACAGAAAUGGGUCCUAUCACUGUGAAUGCUACGAAGGCUAUACUCUGAAUGCAGAUAAGAAAACGUGCUCAGUCCGUAACAAGUGUGCCCUGGGAUCUCAUGGGUGCCAGCACAUUUGUGUGAGUGACGGGGUGGCGUCUUACCACUGUGACUGUUAUCCUGGCUACACUCUGAAUGAGGACAAGAAGACGUGUUCAGCCAUUGAAGAAGCACGAAGACUUGUUUCCACUGAAGAUGCUUGUGGAUGUGAAGCCACACUGGCAUUCCAGGACAAGGUCAGCUCUUAUCUCCAGAGACUGAACACCAAACUGGAUGACAUUUUGAAGAAGUUGCAAAUAAAUGAAUAUGGACAAAUACAUCAUUAAAAUUGAUCAAAUUUCUCACCUGGAAAUGUAGACAACCUGGUGCAUUUAGUAUUCAUUCAUUCUUUUGUAUACUGUAUCUCCAAUGUUCCUGCUAAUAAAUUUGCCAUUACCUGUAUAAAUGCUUGAAUAUUACUGGAUAAAUAGCCUAAGGAUCUUCUGGAGAACCAGUGUCAUUUUUCCUGUACCAUUAUUUCUAAGGAAUAAAUUUGCAGAUCCUUAUGUAGAGCCAACUUUAGUGUCUCUAACCUAUGACUGUGAAAUGGUUGGUAGGAAAUAUUGAUAGAAUGAAAAGCUUUAUGUUUCUUUAUCUACUCAUUGAGCCAUUUAACUUUAAAAUAUUUAUAUUCGUAAGAUAACCAUAUUUCACACGGGAAACUUUAGAUCUACUUUCUCUUGAUAGUAUUUGUAAUAUAAGCCAGUCUUAUUACUGAGAGUGCAAAUUGUACAAUGUACACAUAAAAACAGUUCAUAUGAUUAUACUGAGAUAAAUACAGUAUAAUUUAGAACUGUCAAAACUUGUUUUUUGCUUAUGUUUUUCUGAAGCAUUAUUGAACCUGUGAUCAAGGGCUUGUAUGUAAUAAAUACCUAAAAAUAGUUAACACAGAUCAAGUGAAUAUUGCAUUCCAUUUUUAAUUCAUUUUGGCCUUAGAAAUAAAUGUGCAACUAAAGAGCAUAGCUGCAAAUUUAGGGUUUUAAAGUACAAAAAGAGAAAAAGCCCUAAAUUUACUUUAUCAUUCAGCUUAAGGAUCCAAUUGACAAAAUUACGUAUUUAUAAAACUGCUAUAAAUCAACAAAAUCUAAUGCUGUCUUUUUUAAUGCUAGUGAUAAGCCUAACAUUUUUCACUUUGAUAUCUAAAGCAUAUAAUUUUUUUUAUUGUUAAAGCUUGUAAUUUCUAGGACAAA